GAAGUAUUCACGAAGACACACGUGCUUCUUCUCUUUCGAAUUUCGAGAAUCGUUCGUUAUUUUGUAAUUUAUGAAAAACGAUUAAAACAAUGGUGUCUCAAUUAAGUCUGUUUGUCCGUCGUUGUCCAUUGACGUAACUUACCUACCUGUGUUCGCUUCGUUCUUCGUUUUUUGCCAUUAGAUUCGCCAUUUUUCUUCUACCUAUUGUGUCUACAAUGUAUUGAAAAUUUUUUCGCGCUGCCAUUUCGAAGCACGUUGGUUCGUGAAAUGCUUGAAUUUUUUCAUAAAUUCGUGUGCAAAUUCUACGUACGUAACGAUAACCUAUUGUUUAUUAGUUAGUUCUUUUUAUUUCUUUUACAUUUUUUCGUGUAUGGUGCGAUUUAAGUAUGUGAAAAUUACGAUAAAUUGGUGCGAUAGUAUUUAAAAUUUUGUGGAAUUCGGUAUCAAGUACGAUUUAUGAUACGAUAGGACGAAUUGACACCGAAAAUGGCCCCAGUAGUGUACACCGACGAUGAUAAUAGAAUGGAUCAAAAAGAGCUCUAUUUCGAAGCAUCGGUCCUGCAUAGGAUACCAGCUGAAUUAUUAGUUCAGUCGUCGUCUUCCACACCUUACUGCCAAUCAUUUCCUAAUGGUAAAAUUUUAAGAACGUGGUUAUCGACUAGAAAAAAAAAUCGAAGCGAAGAAAGACUGCGAAGAAUAGCCAAAUUCCAUGCCGAACUAAUGGGUAAAUCGAUAGACGAUGAAAGCUCAUCUUGGUCGUCCAAUACCAGGCGAAUUUCCAACGAGCAACCAAAUGAUAAAGAAAACAACAAUACGGACGAUGGGUCACAAAGUGAUGACAUGGAUCGUAACGAGUUGCUGUUGGAUAUAAACCUGAAGACGAUGGUAUUACUGCAUCACAAUCAAGACUUGCAAAGAAAAUUAAACGCUUUAGCUAGGGAAACGAGAAAUCUCGUCAGAUCUUGCCGCAGUAAUACCUCCAGUAGUAAAAGCGAACCCGUCAACAGCGAAUCGGCUAAUUAACGAGGCUUUAAAAUUCCUUCACGCGUCAACUAUUUUUUUCCUUUUUUUUAAAUUUUCGGGGUGAAAAAAAAAAGAAAUCCUUUGAAAAGGGCUUGGGUGGAGGUCUUGAAGUACCUACAUUUUGCGGCGUCACUUCGUACACCUAUUAUAGAUAGCUGAAAAGCUAAAUAUCGCCAACACGUGCGCGAUGUAUACGACCGAUAACGAGCUGAGGAGAAUUUCUUCUCAAAUACCAUACCUACCUACCUACUACGUUGGUGUAAAUUUUCAAUGAUCUCAUUUUAAUUAUGGAAAA